UGUGGGGAAAAUACAACCCUCCAGGCUGGAUCGACAGCAGCCUGCCCUUUAAUCCUGUGUCCAGCUGCAUUUUUACAUGGAGCCGCACUUGGUUCCUGCUUCAGACAAGUGAAGUAGUGCUGCUUUGUGUAAAAGUUAUUUGCUUGGGGAACAUGGGGCUGACAGAGAGGACACUGUGCCUUGGAGCACUAAGGAUCGCCAGCAAUCUUGCCUGCUCAACAGGAUCUGUGCUCCUACAGUCGGUCAGCGGACAGACCAUUGUACUGCUCCUGUUCACCGACGUCUGUAUCACAGGCUACCUCUUCUUCUGCUGGUUCGCAGAACUGCAACUGGCAAACAGCCAGGAGGUGAUCUCACUCCGAUUUACUGCCUUUCUCAACGAGACGUACAACGCCGUCACCUUCCUGAUCCUGGCUCUGAUUGCUGCAGAGACUCACUUCACCACCAGAUUCCAGAGGAUGGUGCCCCUGGGCAAGCACCAGGUCUCUGCCCAGCCAUCUCCUGCCAGCCACCAGCUAGCCUUGGUGAAUGUUGUCUACACGCUGCUCUGCUGGAUCAUUGCUGCUUCUUAUGGGGCUCGCCAUUAUCCGGAUGCCGCCCGCUCUGCCCGUCGGUGCUCGGGGGAACACCCCUUUGGCCACCUCCGCUGCCUGCAGGGCUUCUACCUGCCAGAUCCCUUCCUCGUGCUCGUUGGGUUAAUGGUCACAACCAGCUACAUCCUAUGUCGGGGGACGUACACGGACAGCUCGGAGGUGCAGCACCAGGUUCCCACACCAGCUCUGCCUUCAGGAUCACAAAUCUCAGCAGAGGCAUCAUGUAUUCCUCUAAAGGUUGGCCAGACACAGACAACAUGCUGCCCUCAGAGCCUGGCGACUCAACCUGGCUACCUUCUUCCCGGGCUGGUUGCUGCACUAAUGCUCUUCCCGGAUCUCCCGUACUUGGGACUGACUUCGUCCUUCAUCAGCUGCUUUGAACACCUUAGCCUGCGUUUCUUUGCGCACAUUUCGAAACACUCCCAACGUGGUGCAGAACCGGUGCAGCAGCAGUUUGGUCCGUACAGAUUGAUCCACACGCUCCUGAGCCACUGGAGAGCACGGACAGACACAGCGAGGAGUUCUCCUUCCCCAGCAGGAAUUUCAGAAUUUAGUGCAGAGAUCAAAUGCUGACUGAGGGGAACCACUUUGCAGAACACGUCUGUUCUGUCUGUAGAAACCUUCCAGCUGCUCACCAUUUAAAUGGACCAUCUUGCCCCCAUGCUAACAGUCGUGUCCUGGGUCUGCUACAGUUUUCCAAUGAUGCUCAUCGCAAGCUGGAGGAACAGCCCCUCGAUUUCCUCAGAGACACUUUACAGCCUGCUGGACUUGAUAUUCAGAGCUUCCCACCUUCUUAGCAUGACCUCCGUCCUCCGUUCUCCCCAUCACCACCCAUCUCGGCUGAGUCUUCCUUGUGCCUUGCUGACUUUGUGCUCCUUUUCACUCCUCCAUUUACACCUAUAUGACAUCUCGAUCUCUCGUCUACCACCACACGCACUCCUUUGGUCUUUUGCUGUGGGCACCCUCACAAUCUAUCCCCCUCGGUCCGCCUCCCCAACUGUCAACAACAUUAAAAACUACCAUUCUCCAGCCCCCUUUUAGGUUUUGGCAAAGUCACUGGACUCAACACAUUAACUCAGUUUCUCUCUCCACAGAAAUGCUGAGUUUUUCCAGCAGUUUAAGACUUUAUUUUCAAAUUCCAGCAUCCGCAGUAUUUUGCUUUUCGUUCAGAGUUUAGCACCCUGUCUCAUGGAAUCACGCCUACUAAUUUAUUAGCCCAUAAACGUGCGUACUUCUAUGUGUUUAAACUGUA